AUGGGGAAGAACCCUCCGAAGUGGCUGCCAGGCGAGCGCGUGAAGGAGACCAUUCUCCUUCAGCGUAAGUCGGUUGAGCAGCUGCGCGCUGAUCGCGUGCUGCGCAAGGAUAAGCUGCAGGAGCGCCGUGACCGUCACAAGAAAAAGUUAGACGCCAAGCGCAAGCAGAGGCUAUCGACGAAGAAAUUCAUCUCUGCUCAGACAAUCCUGAAGCACGCGCAGCGCAAGGAGCACCAGGGACGCAAGUUUCAGAAGAUCGGAGAGAAGGUCGAGGGACGCCGCCGUCACGCGAAUAUGGAGGAACUCAAGAAGAAGCUGCGUGAGAGUCCGGUACGACUUGUGGUGCGCGCGAAGGGGUCGCAGAUCCCACCGGAGGUGGCGUCGGCCUUCAAAAAGGUGGGCCUGCUCAAGAUCUACGCGGCACGCCUGAUCAGCCUGACGCCACGCACGGAGAAGCUCGUUGAGCAGCUCACGCCAUUCUCGAUUGUUGGCGAGCCAGACAGGGCACAACUGGAGUCGCUUCUCCGCACCCGGGGCGCUCUUUACAACGAGGAGACCCAGACGAAGCGGCUCAUUAGCGGUAACCUGCUGCUAGAGCAGGCGCUUGGCCAGUACAACGUGCUGUGCAUCGAAGAUCUCGUAGAGACGAUUGCUACGCAUGGGGAACACGUAGAGGAGGUUCUUCGGCACAUCGCGCCCUUUGACUUUCAUCCGCCUCGCCAGCUCUUCGUCGAACGCCACCGUUCCGUUCACCAGAAACUAGAGAUCGUGAACAAGGACUCCUUCGCCGCAUACCUCGCAGACCAGCUGCAACUCACGCUCAAUAAGGAACGCAAGGCUGCCACUGUGGCGAAGAAAUCCAAGAGGGUGGGGGUACAGCCCAAGACCGUUUAA